AUGUUACAGCCGACAAUAUUUGGAACCGUAGCGUCCGACCUUAAUCCCAAGGAUGGCAACAGUCGAAGGGUAUCGAUACCGACCACACGAUCCAUCGAUUUGGUGAUAUGGCCCUUGAGAACUAUCGUUCCCAAUUACCGGCUCACCCAAGCAUCCUUCGGAUCUCUCAACAUUGUAGCUCUAGCUUCUAACUCCUGGCCUAUCCAAUGUCUGACGAGCCAAUUAAGUCCAAACAAACUGCACUUCGGAUGGAUUUACGCGACUGACAAUAGGCCACGUUGGACUCUAAUGCCCGACGGUGACGCGACAAAUGGCGCCGUGGCGGAUCGUGAACCCAGUGACCUCUCACGGCGGCGUCGGUGA